UUUGUCGUAGCCCGAGCGAGCGUAGAAUCUGGCCGAAUUUGGUCCCUAGUGGUUCGUUCCGACUACACAUUCUAAAGCGCACAUCGCUCGCAGUGUCGCACAUCACGAAUCGGCUCGCAUCGUUACAAACCCCUAGCCUAUUUGUAGCCUGCUAACCGUCAAAUCCUCUGUUUUGAGACGUCUCAAAACUGAACUACUUAUCCUCAGGCUGCGGCUUUCGACAUGUUCUGCACGUGCUGCUGCUCGCAAUGCUGCGAGUCACUCGGCUCGUGUUGCUGCGCGGUGUGCUCUCUAGGAACAUCGCGGCGCGUAGCGAAGUACGUCUACGGCCUCCUCUUCCUCUUCGCGCUCGUCCUCAUGUGGUGCCUGCGCGACUUCGGCCAAGCGGCGCUCAUGCAUUUACCCAGCUUCAAAGAAUGUAAACCGGGCGAUCAGGCGUGCACUGCAACGACCGUAGUGCUCUGCACGGGCCUAGGCAUGUCCUUAUUCUUCGCCCUCAUGUCUGUAACCACAUUGGGGGCGCGCGUUGAUGGCGGGGGUCGUGACACGUGGCAUUCGGGCUGGUGGCCGCCCAAGCUGCUGCUGUGGGCGGGGUUGCUUGGCGUGACAGCCUGUCUUCCCCUAGGCGUGUUGAGUAUAUACGGCUACGUGGCAGUGGCAGGGGCGGCAAUCUUCGUCGUUAUCCAGCUUGUCAGCAUGCUGAACUUCGUCUUUGUCUGGAACGACACGUGGCAGGCGGACAAGAAGUGGCAUGUGUGGGGAGCGGUGGUAACCGGAACGUGUUACGUUGCACUGGCGGCAGCAGCUGUCCUCAUGUUCAUCUUCUUCGCACCCUCCUCCUCCUGCUCCCUCAACAUCUCCUUCAUCUGCUCUCUCCUCAUCCUCGUCCUCAUCCUCACCCUCGUCUGCCUCCUUCCAGCCGUGGAAUCCGCGGGGCUUCUGAGCACCGGCGUUAUGGCGGUCUACUUUGCAUUCCUCUGCUGGUCGGCAAUCAUGAGUGAGCCGCCCGGGGAGACGUGCAACACACGCCCACGGCAGACAGGACAAACUACAUGGACGGAUGUUACAGCCUUCAUUUUUGCCCUCCUUACAAUCGUGGUCUCGGUGUACACUGUGGGGAUCGACCGCCGGUGCAUCUCGCUCCAUCCGGGCUCAGGGGAGGAUGUGGAGGGCGCGGGCAAUGGCAAAGUGUCGUACGGACAUGGGUUCUUUCAUUUUGUGUUUCUUACGGGGACUAUGUACAUGACAAUGUUGUUUAUUGGGUGGGAUUUGAGGGAGAAUCCGGCCCAGUGGAGCUUGGAUACUGGGUGGGCUAGCACUUGGGUGAAAAUGGGAAUCAUGUGGUUUUCAGGAGCUGUCUAUUUGUGGGUUCUUGUCGCUCCUCUAGUUAUCAAAGGAAGAGACUUUUCUUGAAGUGGACUAGUGAUGGCAGAAGCACAGAGAUGCCAUGUGAAGAAAUCAGGCCCUCAGAUUCGUUUUAGGGCGUGUCCAGCGCGUUCAUUUUGCCCCAACACGAAUUUUUGACAUUUUUU